GUUACUGCUUGGUAAAAAUAUUCAUCUAAAGGAAGCACAGACUCUCCAUUCCAGCCAGCCAACAAAGACAACAUCAAGACAGCAAAAAGGAAAGUGAUUUCUCCUGCAUUACGUUGGUCCUGAAGAUCAAUCAGAAAGAGAAAACCAGUAUCACCUGUGACAGUCAGAGAGUGGACAAAAAAUGCCAGUGAAAUGUUGUUUCUACAGGUCACCAGCUACAGAAGCACUGGCAUGGUCUGAAAAUAUGGACACGCUUUUAGCCAACCAAGCUGGUCUAGAUGCUUUUCGAACAUUUCUAAAAUCAGAAUUUAGUGAAGAAAAUGUUGAGUUCUGGCUUGCGUGUGAAGACUUCAAGAAAACAGAAAGUGCAGAAAAAGUUGCUUCCAAAGCUAAAAGGAUUUAUUCUGAAUUCAUUGUGGCUGAUGCUCCUAAAGAGAUUAACAUUGACUUCAGUACCAGAGACCUCAUCUCAAAGAAUAUUGCUGAACCAACUCUCAAAUGCUUUGAUGAGGCUCAGAAAUUAAUCUACAGUCUCAUGGCCAAGGAUUCUUUUCCUCGAUUUCUAAAGUCAGAGAUUUAUAAGAAGCUGGUAAAUAGCCAACAGGUUGCAAAUCAUAAAAGAUGGCUUCCUUUCUUGUGAAGAAGUUAAACGGAAACUAGUAACUAUAGUCCAAGGCUAAAACGUUUGAACUGUACAAACACAAUGCA